UAUUCUUGGCUACUUUUUUCCCCAAAGAAGAAACUUAUUUAUGCAGACAGACACAUUACAUUUGAGACAUGAAAUUGUCUAAAAUCUCUUAAGGUUUUGAUUGAGUUCAUGCAGCCUGAACGUUUUAAAAUUAAUAGAUUGUAUUUCGGUGGCUUUUUAACUCGGCGAGGUUAGAAUUGGAUUAUACACAAUGAAGGUAAAGAUCCGACAGUGGAACGGCGUGGCUUCGUGGUUGUGGGUGGCGAACGAUGAAAACUGUGGCAUUUGCAGGAUGCCUUUCAAUGGCUGCUGUCCUGACUGCAAAGUCCCUGGGGAUGACUGCCCGCUGGUCUGGGGUCAGUGCUCUCAUUGCUUUCACAUGCACUGUAUCCUGAAGUGGCUGAACUCACAGCAGGUUCAGCAGCAGUGCCCCAUGUGCAGACAGGAGUGGAAAUUCAAAGAAUGAGGCAGAGAAGUGGUCAUUUUGUGUAUUGUCUGUAAAUAUUUGUUUUUGUAUUUCAAUCUUUUCAUGUGGAUGAUAUUCUGGCAACUAAUCUAUUCAUGUUUUAUUAAAAAGUUUUAAACAUUA